AUGUCUUUUCAAGAUAAUACUGAUGAAGUAGAAAAUAUCCUAAAGGAGAUAUUUGGAUCAUCUGAUGAUGAGCAUGAUGAAGAAGAUGAUGGUGGCAGUGAUGAUGAUGAUGAAGAAGAAAAAGGGAAUGAAAUGUGGCAAAAUAUAUCCAGGUUUGUAAAUUGUAAGGCUUGCAUACAUUACCAGGAGGAGAUGAACAUAUUGUCCGAUAGAAGAUUUGUUGUUGGGGAGAGGGAACUAUUGGACCUAUUGAAAAGGAGCACCUGUACAGAGUGUUGUGAUCCUAUCAUUCAAUCCUCCAUUGUUGAGGCAGAGAAAAUAGCAGCAGGAGUAAAGUAUAAAUAUACCUGCACUAAUGGUCAUGUUGGAAAGUGGAUCUCAACACCAUUUUAUGGAGGCAGGAGUGCUGUUGCAAUCCUGCUGCAACUAAUGGUACUUCUGUCAGGAGCAUCAUGGGAUCAGAUCAACAUGGGUGCAAAAUUGAUUAAUCUUGCAAUUGGAUCAGCAAGACAAUUCUAUAGAAUGCAACUUCAAUACAGAGUUGCAGUACAGAAAGUGUUCACUAAACACAUGGAAGAUAUUGGUGACAAACUGAAAGAGAUACCCCUGAGCCUGGCUGUGGAUGUAAGAUAUGAUACUCCAGGGUUUUGUGCCAACAAGUCUACAGCUGUCUUCAUGGAUGUAAAUUCAAAACACAUCAUACAUUUGGAGAUUGGAGAUUCUCGGGAGGUUGGGCGACACAGUCCUAAAAUGGAGAGGCUCCUGAUUGAGAGAGGUCUCAACUACAUUCUAAAUGUAUCACCGUAUCUAGUGUGGGAAAUAAUUUCUGAUGCUAGCAGAAAUAUAAUUUCCAUGAUGCGCACUGACCCCUUCAAACAUCUGCAGCACAGUUUAGACAUCUGGCAUAAAGCAAAGAAACUGGCCUUUCUGCUUGGAGAGAUAGCCAAGAAGGCAGCAAACAAAGACUUACUACCAUGGAUUCGUCCAAUUAUUAACCAUUUUUGGUACUGCUGCAGUGCAUCAAAAGGGAAUGUAGAAAAGUUAUUGAAAAAGUGGUUUGGCAUUCUCCAUCAUGUCACUAAUCAACACAUUUGGCCUGGGGGAAGAUGUCAUCAUACUGAAAAUAACUUGGAGUCCUUAUCUUCAAAUAGAAAAUGGCUUCAUAGAAAUUCUUCUGCUUUUCAAGAACUAAGGAAAGCAAUAACCAAUAGGGAUUGGUGUGGAAGUAUGGCAUUCUAUGUCAACUGCCGGCAAACUUGGGCAAUUGAAAACUUUUUUAGCCAUACCCUUUUACACUAUGUUCCAAAAAGAGUGUCCUAUAGCUAUGAUUCCUACACCAUAAGAAACAUGCUAGCUGUAAUGGACCAUAACAACCAUCUUCAUAGGCUACCACAGGUCACAGAGAGUGGUUUGCCCUAUGUUUAUUCCCACUUUUCACGGAAAACAAAGCAGUGGGUUGCAUAUGAAAAGAAGUCAAUCAAAGAAUACUCCUACAUUCCAGGACUCAUUAUAACCUGCAUGAAAGAAAUAUAUGGGAGAUCUUGUGCGGGUUAUACAAGGACUAGGCAGUCAAAAGAUCUUGACAACAUAUCUGCCAAUUUAUCCGGAUCAGCAAAUCCUGGGUCUCGGGUUUUACUUGCAGAAAUGAAAAGCAGAAAAAAAUGAAGACUAGCCGCAGCCUCCAAGACUUCAUUUCGGCUCGGAAUAUUUCCCCUACUCGAGUUGCGAAUGCUCUGUGAGGCGUAAGGGUGAUAGCGUGCAGGCUACAAUCAGAAACAAUUAUU